AUGUUGAAACUACCGGUCCAAAAGAUCGACCUCAAACCCCCGCCUCUCGAGGAUCUGAUUGACUGCAUUCGGAGCGGGCUGGGGCAAAGCUUCAAGUCGAUCUCAGUAUCAGUAGACCAGUGUCCAGAUCUCCGACAGGCGCCCUAUCACCUGGCCUUCACCGGCCUAUGUGAGCGCCCUCGCAUCGCCGACGUAGGCGGGCAACCAAACCUAGCACCUACACCGGACUUGACCAAGAAGUACGACCUCCUUGAGAUUGCACGUCUCAUGGAGAUGCCAGAGGGCCAAGGUGCUCUCCUUGGUGCCGCAGCGGGACCCUUCCAUGUUGUUGGAAUGAACUCAGAGCUCAUGCCAAAUCUAAGCUGGAAAAACAAAGAGGUUUCGAACGAGACACACUUUGCAAAGGUCAGGAGCGAUGGCAGUGCGGUCUGUGAGAAGCUCUCUUCACAUGAUUGCGGCCUGAUGGCAAAUCUCUUCGGUAGUUUAGGGCGUCCUGGCCCUUUGCUGCACAUCACAGCAUCCUCACGGACCGGCCCCCUCAACUUCACCGAAGCAAUCCGCGGAGCCUUACAAGAUGCAUUUGGCACGCGAACCAUAUCUCUCGGCGGCGUCUUCCUCAUUUCUGAAGGCAAAGCGAAGCUGCACGUCAUGCCAGACUUCUCGCCAACCCCUCUGGUCACCGAUAAGCAGAAGGAGGAAUGGUUGAAGUUCUAUGAAAUGAAGGCACCAUUGGUGUGUUUAAGUGUGCUGCACUCGCACGAUCCAGGACUAGACUUGAGGAUCGAGCAUACACAUUGUUUCUCCGAUCAUGGCGAGGGAGGGCAUUACCACUACGACACUACACCAGCGGAUGUUAAGUAUGAGGCGUGGUUCAACAUCGCGGAGGUCUUAUACCGCAUCGACAGGCCUUAA